AUGUGCUGUCGCUCCUCUGGCAACACAGCCUCUUCAGUCACCAGCCUCAGUUCCAGUAUCACUUCUUGCCCUUUAUCAGUGGCUGGCUCUCCUCCAGCUGUGCCUGUGAUGCGGGUGGGCAUUUAUAAGGUUGCUAUUGCGGCUCAGCAGAGUUUCAUGCACCAUGGAGGGAAACACUACUUCUCAGAAUUAUUUGAGUCCAGCAAUGGUGACGAAGAAGAGAUGUUAGUAUGUGAAGAAGAUUUAGAGCAUAAUCCUUUUGAUGGCUUACCAUACUCAUCUCAUUAUUACAAACUUUUGAAAGAAAGAGAGGAACUUCCAUUUUGGAGUGAAUAUGCUUCCAUGGAGAGUCUUUGUAAUCAAAUUGUGAUUGUUUCAGGAGAUGCUAAGAGUGGCAAAAGUUCACAGGUUCCCCAAUGGUGUGCUAAGUAUGGUCUUUCUGUCCAUUAUCAACAGGGGAUAGGUGUACACAAGCAGACAGCAAUGUGGCUGGCACUACAUGUAACUGAUGAGAUGGAUGUCAAUACUGGCCAGGAAGUGGGUUAUGUUGUCCCAUUUGAGAGCUGCUGUACCACUGAAACAAUUCAGAGGUCUGAGGGUUUGUUUUUAAUCCCUUUAACGUUGUACGAAUGUCAUUCCUUGAAAUGUUUCAGAGCGGGAUCUAAUUUAAAUCCUGAUCUUGGAGAAUUAGUCCCUGUUUCUCUGGAUCCCAGCCACAAAGAUAUAUUCAAGCCAAAUGAAGAUAAAGAAAAAAAAAUGUGCAAAAAUUACAGAAGAAAAGUGCCAUUAACCAUGAGCUUUGGAGAGUUUUUGGUCUGGAUUCAUACUGUAACCUUUGCAAUUGAUAUUAAUGUGGAGAGAAGAAAUGUAUGCAGUCCUAGAAUCAGGCUGCAUUAUAAGAGAGUCUGCUCUAUCAGUAAAAGCCAAGAAGAUAUGUGCAAGCAAAUUCUGGGCACGUCAUCAUCAGGCAAACUCUUCUGCCUCUACCCUGGAUAAUUUACAUACAAGGAAAUGAAACCAUGCCUGUCAGCCAGAAUACAGGACUCAAAUCUAACUAGCAUGGUUCUUUUUCUGAAGAGAAUGGAUUUAGCAGGCUUAGGCCACUGUGAUCAUGUAGCGUGACCUACUCCUGAAAAUCUGAUGCAGGCUUUAGAAGAUCUUGAUUAUCUGGCACAGGAUAAUGAUGGAAACUUUUUUGAAUUUGGAAUAAUUAGGUCAGAGUUUCCUCAGGAUCCACAGCUGUCAAAGUCCAUUUUAGCUUCAUGUGAAUUUGACUGAAUGCUCACCAUUGCUGCCAUGGUAACAGCCCCCUCCCCCUUUUCUAAAAGCACCUAACAUCCAUCCCCUGGAACAGAGGAGGAUACUCUUACCUGCUGUCAAAAAAUCUUCCACUCCACAGGAGAUCACUAUACUCUUAUCAAUGUCUACAAGGCCUACAAAGAUACCAGCACAAACUCCACAAGUCAAUACUACGAUGUUGAGAAAUGGUGUCAUGAUUAUUUCCUAAGCUGUUCUGCACUGAGGAGGGCAGAAGUUAUCAGAGCUGAACUGGCAGAGAUUGUGAAAUGUAUUGAACUUCCCAUUUCAGAACCUGACUUUGAAUCAAAAGAAAAUACGCUAAGCAUAAAGAAACUUCUCUUAUCUGGUUACUUCAUACAAUUUUUCACUAAAAAAAUACAGAAAAUCAGACUGUACAUUCCCUAUAUCAGAGUGUACCUUCUAUUUGUGGAACUGGCACCUCAAUAAUAUGUUAGCAAUCUGCCUCCUAGUGAAAGCAAGGAGAUUCUGCAGGAAGAUCAUUUAUCACCUGUUUCAACAAUGAAAGAGGAACGCUAA